AUGGAUCAACUGCUGAGUCCAGAGAAUAUCUGGCUUGUCAGCCUAAUCCUAGUUGCCGCGACCGGACUAUCCUAUGCCCUAAAUCGAUCAUUCGGCAAAACCCUCCUGAGCAGAAUGACCCUGCGCGGCCGUCGAGACUCAACAGCCAAAACCCCACCGCGCUCAUUCUCCCCGGACAAAGCCCAGCCCAGAUCACCCACAAGCUACCACUGUGCCUUACCGCCCCAACGCAGAGCAGCUCUGGCCGACGUGAAGAGCGAUGUUGUGCCCUGGCACGAGGUAAGUGAGGAAGAAGUAUCACGACAGAUUUUGCCGAUGAAGGCAGAUUAUAGAACAAGCCCGGGCAGUCUUUACACUCCAACGGGGUUCUCGGUACAAGAAGUCAAAGCCCUAGGCGACUUUCCCGACUAUGCGACGCUUAGCGGUGUUCCGCUGCCCAGUCCUUAUCCCCAGUUUGAUAUUAACAAGGCAAUGCCCAGGCCAUAUCGUCCGUUUAGAUGGGCCUAUCAUCAGACCAUGUCCCUCACAAAGCUAGACACCGACUGGUGGAUUGAGCUUGAGAAGACGUACAAGAGCCGCAUCGCCCAGCGCAAGGAACUAUACGCCAAGGAAGGAAAAGCAGUUCUUGACGCUCUUCCUGGUUCCGAGCUAGCCUGUAAGGAGCUGAUGGAGGUUGUGCUGCAAUUCAUCUGCGCGCGAUAUCCGCAGUACUUCUCACUCGUGGACAAUCGCGUACUGCAUAAUCGCAUUCUCGGGACGGAGCAGGAUAUCCGGGCAAAGCCUCCACUCGAAAUCCUCCUCGACAACGUACCGGAGGAUUUUGCGCUCAUGCUGCGUGAUGACAAGACGGGCUUCUAUAUCCUCCGCGCCGCCGUGAUCUGCUCAGCCCUAGGUUGGAACGUGGCCGCGAAGAUUGACCGCCAGUUGCAUGAGAUCCACGCACCGAUCCCGGACUACAAGGAGAAAAUGCAGUUCUCCAUGGACAGAUACUUUACCAAAAUGCCGACCGAAAAGCCCAUCCAGCGAGGCUCAUGGGGCCUCGAGGUAGGAGAGCCGCUGUACAUGGCACCUGGCGACCCGCUUGAAGAGGAAAGAGGAAAGCAGGAUCCCAACCUGCGCAUUGGUGAAUGCACACUACGCGUGGAUUGGCAGACCCUGCGACGCCUUCCUCUUUCCGGGGCUGUUGUGUUCAACUUCAAGGCGCUGUUCACGCCAUUGGUGGAAUUCCGUGAUGAGCCUGGAGUGCCGGGCCUCGUUGCGAAGAUUUUGAAAGAGGGAAAGAAGAGUUUUAUGGAGUAUAAAGGAACGUGGCAUGUUCACCAUGUGGUGCUACCGAAGUUGGAGGAAUGGGCACAGGAGCAGGAAGAUAAGGGCCUGGUGCCGAAGAACUGGGAGGUUGCGACUUUAGACGACAGUCCGUGGUUUAAGAAUUGGGAGGAGAAGUGGCAUCGCCAGCAAGGAUUUUAG